AUGUCCUCUCUUUUUGGUCAGUAUGACGCUGUGCGGUGCUCACAGAUGAGGCAACCUUUGAGUCUCUGUAUUCUGAGACCAAAGCCUGAGCCCACCGAUGCAUACUCGGCAGCUGCAUCUCCAAACAGGGCAACCAUUGCUGCUUUCCCAGGUUCUCAAGACAAUGACCAACUGGAUUCCAACACUCAGUGUACUUUGGAUCAGUCAUUUAAAACUGAGCAAGGCACUCCUGUACAUCCUUCGGACAAACGUUGCAGAUCCACAAUUAGAGCAGCGAAGACAUUAUACGUUCUAGACCAAGAUCACCGCGACAAUACGUGUGUGCGCUGUGACAAAUCUUUUACCCGAAAACACUAUUUACGUUGCCACAUCAACUCUGUUCAUUUGACACUGCGUCCCUAUGCGUGUGAACAGUGUGGUAGAUCGUUUUCAGUGAAGAGUCACAUGCAAGCGCAUCUCAACUCCGUUCAUCUGAAUCUUCGUCCCUUUAAAUGUGAACAGUGUAGUGCAUCGUUUUCUCGGAAUUGCCUUUUGCAAACGCACAUCAUAUCUAUUCACACGAAUCGACGCCCCCAUUCAUGUGAACUUUGUGACAGAUCGUUUGUUGAUAAAGGCACUCUGCGAAAACAUGUCAAAUCCGUUCAUCUUGCACUGCGCCCCUACACAUGUGAACAGUGUGGCAAAUCGUUUUCUCAGAGCGGCACUAUGAAAAUGCAUGUGAAAUCCGUUCAUUCGAAACGCUUUAAAUGUGAACAGUGUGGUGCCUCGUUUACCCGAAAUAACGGUUUGAGCAAGCAUAUCAAAUGUACUCACUCGG